AUGUCGGAGCGAAUCCUCAUGAAUGAGUUCCGGGCGUUAUCGCGUGAGAAAUGGUUGAACGUCGAGCUACACAGGGAGAACAUCUACCAAUGGGAUGUUGCGCUCAUCGUCUUAAACAAGGACUCCCUUUAUCAUGGCGGCUAUUUCAAAGCCCGGAUGACUUUCCCCCAGAACUACCCUUAUUCACCUCCCGAGUUUCGCUUCCUCCUCCCUCUUUACCACCCCAACAUUUACACCGACGGCCGAGUGUGUAUCUCCAUCCUGCAUCCUCCUGGCGAGGAUGAGAUGUCGGGCGAGCUGGCUGCGGAGCGCUGGUCUCCUGCUCAGCGGGUAGAGUCGGUCCUGAUCUCCAUUCUCUCCUUGCUGGACGACGCCGAGGUCUCUUCUCCCGCCAAUGUCGAUGCGGCCGUGAUGUUGCGACAGGAUCCAGAUGAGUAUCGUGUUCGGGUCAUAGCGAAUGUCGAGGCCUCUAAAGCGAUGACUCCGCCCGAUUUUAAGAUGCCGGAUCAGGAAACAACCCGCGUGGAGCUGGAGAAGGAUGAUGCCGACUUCUGGGCUGAUUCGGAAGUGGAUAGUGACCCUUUCGGUGGCAGUGACUCUGAAGGGGACUCCGAUAUGGAUCAACUGACUGCGAGUGAGGAUGAUGCCGACGAGGAUGACGAGGACGAGGACGAGAAGGGUCUAUGA